AACAAGUACUAGUACAAUUCAAGAUCUUAAUCAUAAUUUGAAGGAUAUAAAUGAGAGAAUCUAAACUCAAUUGACAGAGAGAGAGAGAGAAGGCUGAACUUUAUUCUAAUCAAGUUUUACACUUUGGUAUAUAUAAGAAGGCUGAUUCUGUUUUUCAAGAAAAAGAAAAUAAAGAAGGCCCCUCUCUCUCAUGUUCAUAACAAGAAUGGAGAAAUGAAAAUUGGUUGAAAUUAGGAAAUGCCCACUUAGAUUUGGAUGUAGAAGCAUUGCAGACAGAGAGAGGUGGUGGAGGUGUGUGCAUGAAGCAAUAAGUGGAAGCCAUGAAAGAUGCAAGUUGCAGAGAGAGCAAGCUCUCUUGGUCAAAGAAAAUGGUUAGGAAAUGGUUCAAUAUUAAGUGCAAAGGUGAGGAAUUUCAGGCAGUUGAAGAAGCUAUUUAUGGAGGGGGUGAAAUGGAGUGGAGAAGGUGCUUCUCUGAAAGGGAGCCAUCUACAAUCAAGAAAAGUAAAAAAGAAGAUUCAGCGAAGAACGUGGAGCGUUCCUUUUCGCGUUCAAGGUCCCGGUCCAGGCGAGGGAGAGGCUAUCUUGAUCAUCCCCAGAUUUUAAACAUCCAAAACUACAGUGUUUUCGUGUCAACGUGGAAUGUGGGAGGAAAGCCACCUAGGAGAAAUAUGAACUUAGAUGAUUGUCUGCAAUCAGCUCCUUCUGCAGAUGUAUAUGUUCUAGGUUUUCAAGAAAUAGUUCCUUUGAAUGCCGGCAACAUUCUUGGAGCAGAGGACAACGGCCCGGCUAAGAAGUGGCUUGCCCUGAUCAAACGUACACUGGACAAUGCUCCAGGCACUAGUGGAGCCGGGGGGUGCUACACACCAUCUCCGAUCCCUGAUCCAGUGGCUGAAUGGAAUGCAGACUUCGAGGGAUCAUCCACGAGCAAAGCCUCAACCUUCUUUCCACGUCGUUCGUUCCAAACACCACCGCAGCACUGGAACUUGGAGAACGACAUGUCAAUCCCGCAGACUCCCCUUGACAGGAGACUCAGUGUGUGUGACAGGGUGAUUUUUGGUCACAGGCAGAGUGACUUUGGUGCGAAUGUGAGAUGCGGUGGUAGGCCUAGUGACUGCUCGUCUAGCCAGAGGCCAAGCGACUUCUCUUCUGCCCCUCAUCCCAGUGACUACUCCUUGGGUCAUAGGCCUAGUGACUUUGAGGAUUAUCUGACUAGUGAAUCGCCUAGCACGGUCUUACAGCCGAGGGCUUGGGCCCUGGCAGAAGAUGCGUACGCAGAGCCAGGAAGAUCGAGAUACUCUUUGGUUGCAAGUAAACAAAUGGUUGGCAUCUUUCUCACUGUUUGGGUUAAAAGUGAGAUGAAGGAACAUGUGAGAAACAUAAAGAUUUCAUCUGUUGGAAGAGGAUUAAUGGGCUAUCUUGGUAAUAAGGGCUCCAUUUCAAUCAGCAUGAUGUUGCACCAGACCAGCCUUUGCUUCGUGUGCAGUCAUUUGACAUCCGGUGAGAAGGAAGGAGACGAGCUUCGUAGGAACGCUGAUGUCAUGGAGAUCCUAAGGAAGACACGGUUCCCACGUGUCAGCAACAUCAACGAUGAAAAAUCACCCGAGACAAUCCUUGAACAUGAUCGAAUAAUUUGGCUUGGAGAUCUGAACUAUCGGAUAGCUCUUCCCUACCGAUCUGCCAAAGCACUCGUGGAAAUGCAAAACUGGAGGACACUGUUGGAAAAAGACCAACUCCGGAUAGAGCAGAGACAAGGCCGAGUUUUCGAUGGAUGGAAAGAAGGGAAGAUCUACUUCCCACCAACGUAUAAAUACUCGCACAAUUCAGACAGAUAUGCUGGUGAUGAUAUGCACCCGAAGGAGAAAAGACGAACUCCUGCAUGGUGUGAUAGGAUCUUGUGGUAUGGACGGGGUUUGCAGCAGUUAUCCUAUGCACGAGGCGAAUCUAGGUUCUCAGACCAUAGGCCAGUCUCUAGCGUUUUCUGGGCCGAGAUUGAGCUGGACCCCAACCGCUUCAGGAAAAGCACGAGCUGCUCAAGCUCCAGAAUACAGGCUGAGGAGCUGUUACCAUACACACAAAGUUAUACUGAACUCUGCUUCUUUUGAAAAAAGUGUGCGUGCUGCAUUGGCAUCCAUAUUCCAUAUCAUCCGUACACGCCAUCUUUGUUGCUCUCCCCUCGUCUAAUUGUUUUCCUCAUCAGAUGUGAAUGCUCACAGUUUUGGAGACCUAACCUUACACACCACUGAUCAUGUACUAAGUACACUGUAGAGUCUUAUUAUACGAGUUCUUUCGCAGCUAAGGAUGUAAUCUAACAACUGAAGAUGCCAAGUGGGAGUGCGAUAUUCUUGUUUUAUUUUUAUUUUGAGGAUUCUUUGAUUAGUUAGAAUAGGAUCAUAGAUUGGAUAACUAGACAUAGUGAAAAUAACCAUCCUUCUUUAAUUGAGAAAGCUGCUGUUUUCAAUGUAAGAAAGUAUUGGGAAUCUUGAUGUAAAAAAACCAUGAAAGUGAAAUAUCAAGCUUGUUUUAUGCUUGUUGCCAAUGAUUUUACUGCAAA